AGCUACCCACACACACACAACACACAAACAUACACAAUGGCGUUAGAUUUUACUCGCCGCCAGUGGUUGACGCUGAUGAUUAUGGGACUGGCCGACUUUUGUAAUGCGAUCUGCGUAAGCUUACAAGCACCAUUCUUCCCGAACGAGGCUGAAUCGAAAGGUGCAACGGCGACAGAGUACGGGCUCGUGUUUGGUAUCUUCGAGCUGGUGGUGUUCAUCAUCUCGCCCAUCUACGGCCAGUACAUCAACCGGAUUGGCCCGAAAGUAUUAUUCAACAGUGGCAUCUUUACCACCGGCACCUCGGCCAUCCUGUUCGGGUUGCUGGAUCGCGUGCCCGGACACGUGCCCUUCAUAACGCUCGCAUUCGUGAUACGCAUCGUGGAGGCGCUUGGAAAUGCCGCCUUUCUGACCGCUUCGUUUGCGAUUAUUGCCAAAGAGUUCCCGAACAAUGUGGCUACCACCUUUGCUUCGUUGGAGACGUGCUUCGGGCUAGGAUUGAUCGUUGGACCGAUGGUCGGUGGCGCUCUGUACACGGUCGGUGGUUACUAUUUACCGUUUGUCGUACUUGGGUCGGCUCUCUUCAUAACGGCCAUCCUGACACUGUGCAUUCUACCAAAGCAUCCAAAUGAGGAUCAACCGAGCCGCGAAAAGUCGGCAUCGCUGCUCAGCGUGCUGAAGAUACCCGGUGUCGUCGUGUGUGCGCUGGCUAUCUGUGCCACCAGUGCAUCGAUCGGUUUCUUAAGUGCGACCAUGGAACCACACCUGCGACAGUUUGACCUCAGCCCAAUACUUCUUGGUGUCGUGUUCAUCAUCAAUGGUGGAGUGUAUGCUUUAACAGCUCCCGUCUGGGGCUGGGGAGUGGACAAGUUCCUAAACCCGAAAGUCGUGUCAGCCGUAGGAUGCUUCCUGGUUGUCGGAGGGUUCUGCAUGGUUGGACCCGCGUCAUUCAUCCCACUAGAAACGAACCUUUCAUACGUCAUUACCGGACUGGUGCUACAUGGACUAGGGAUUGCGGCGGUGCUUGUUUCCAGUUUCACGGACGCUCUAAACAUCUCCAUUAAAAAAGGACUUCCGGACAACAUCGAAACAUAUGGACUCAUAUCGGGUCUUUGGACGUCAACGUUCGCGUUUGGAGCUUUCGUUGGACCGUCCGUCAGUGGGUUUCUGUUCGAUGCGAUUGGAUUCCGCGCUUCGACGGUGUUCAUUAUCGGGCUGCAGCUUGUCGUCGGCAUCAUCACCAUUCUGUUCCUCUGUUUCGAACGAUCACCAGCGCCCUACAAGGAAAUUUCCUCCGUCGAGUCACUGAUCAAGCCCACCACCAGCUCACAGGAUGGCGAUUCGCACAACGAGAGCAGUGCCAGUCGUACCAGCAGUCUUGACAUCACCUAUCGGGGUAACAAAUCGGGAUUCUCCGGCAGUCAGAGUUCGCUCAUCGGUUCCUGGCGCCCGUCGGUAAACAAUUUGCUAAUCAGCAACAGUUAUCAAAGCAAACAAGGACACUGGGCACGUUCCGUCACGGAAUUAGAGACGAACAGUGGCACACAGUACGGAACGCACUAUGGAAGCUUUGACGCUCGGCCCGGUUAUCACGAUACGAUGGCCUAAUUGGCAACAUGCGGCUGUGCAUCGUGCGUCCCAAUAUACAGGUCACCUCGCUGUCGACGUCCCCGAUGCCGGCAACAACGAUGCGUGACCUUGCGGAUCGGUAUUUUCUGCUUUCUGCCCUUCGUUUCGCUCACCCAAGCGCACUCUAUACCUGCCAAAAGACAACCAGCUUAACUAGUUGUAACUACCUCCUGCGUGUCGUAAGCGCACUCGUCCUGCGGAUGGACCAUUUUCUUACGUCGUCUCUUACGCAAUACACGGACGGCACACUAUACUCUCUUUAGUCCAGCGAUCCUGGAACACUGCUG